AUGGUCGGCAGCCUCGAAACAGGCGACUACGACUUCGCACAUGGCCAUGAGGCAGCGUUUCCGUACGCCUAUCGUAUCAUUCACCAUCGCGAUCCUGUACCGCACAUCCCGCCACGGCUCGGACCUGAUCAGGUGUUCCACCACCGAUUUGAGAUUUGGUAUGACAACGACAUGGCGGUUGGACAGCCGUACACAAUCUGCAAGGAAUCGGAUGGUGACUACUGCAGUAAUACCGUCAUCAGUACAGAAGGGAAUGAUCAUAAUUCGUACUAUGAUCGAAAUCUCGGCCACUGGGCUUCUCAAGGAUGCCCAUCGUAA